AUGAAGGGAAAUUAAUGUUCACCGCAGAGCAAGUCUGUUAGGAAUUUCUUUUUAAUAUUGUUCAGCUUUUCUUAAAUAUUUGAUCUUAUCACACAAUUUUAAUAAAAUAAAAGCUGCAGUACGCUGAAGAUUCUUUCAUUCAUCAUGAUCUCUUUAAGAUUUCUGUUGUUAGCAGGUCUUAUUAGCAUGACAGUGUCACAAGGAGGUGGAGGUCCACGAGCAAGUGGAGGUCCUGGGCCACCUCCACGAGGUGGCCCACCCCCAGGUGGUCCCGGAGGUCCACCACCAGGGGGUCCCGGGGGUCCACCUCCAGGGGGUCCCGGAGGUCCACCACCCGGUGGUCCCGGAGGCCCACCACCAGCUGGUCCUGAUGGGCCCUGCGGACCAGGAGGGCCAGGAGACUGUUUCAUGUCUCCGGCAUGCAAAAACUUCAGCAGAGCUAUACAAGACGAAAUGCGAGCUAUGCACGAAAGGGGAGAAGGAGGUCCAGAAAACUGUCCGGAUGAAAAUCAUGAAGCUUGCAGAUGGAACGACAUGAUGAAAGCACGUUGCAACGUAAAAGAGAAAGUAACAGCAGAAUGCUUGAAGGAAGUGAACAUGUUUAUGAAUGGAGAAUGUCCAACGGUAGCUGAAUCGACAACCCCUCAGUCGACGACAUCUAGGAAUCCAUAAUCUGAGAAGAUCAAAGUAAAAUACAUAUAUAGGAGCCAGGAAGGAUAAUGUGAAGCACUUUGUAUAACUUUGAUAAACGCUGUAAGCAUUCACAAGAGAUUAAUGUUUAAAAUCUUUUUAUAUACACUGCAAUAUAAUUACCAAUCUUUAGAAGUAAAUGCAGUUUAUGUUUC